UCUCAUUUGUCCGUUGAGUUUUUGAAUUUCAAACAUAGAAGGACUUUUAUUGGACCAGUAACUAUCCCACAUUCCCACUUCUCACCAUUUCCCACUAAAGACACUACUCCCGUCUCUCUCUCUCUCUCCUCUCCACUCCCUUUCUCUCUCUAAAACACACAUCUUUACUUUAAAGUUUCGACCUUUGAGUCUACAUCCCUUUUAGAAAGAAAACCCUUUUGAAUUUUGCUCUACUGUUCAAGCUACAAGAAGAAGAAGUGGGAGGGAAGCUCUGUUAUUUGAGCAAAGAUGGGAGCUUCAGGCAAAUGGGUCAAAGCUUUUAUAGGUUUGAAGAAGCCAGAGAAAGAAGAGCAUGAGAAGGUGGUGGUUAAGAGCAAGAAAUGGAGACUAUGGAGAAGUUCUUCAGGAGAUAUGGGGUCAUGGAAAGGUUUCAAAGGGAGCCAAAGGGCGGCUUCUGAAGGCUCUGAUUCUCCUCGUUUGGCUAAUGCCUUCUCUGCUGCCAUGGCUACUGUCGUUCGAGCUCCUCCUAGAGAUUUCAGGGUUGUCAGACAAGAAUGGGCUGCCAUAAGGAUCCAAACUGCUUUUCGUGGAUUUUUGGCAAGAAGGGCUUUGAGGGCCUUAAAAGGUAUAGUGAGGCUUCAAGCACUAGUUCGAGGUCGACAAGUGAGGAAGCAGGCUGCUGUGACACUGAGGUGUAUGCAGGCCCUUGUUAGAGUUCAAGCACGAGUUCGAGCUCGCCGUGUGAGGAUGUCCAUGGAAGGCCAAGCUGUGCAACAAAUACUCGAUGAACACCGCAGCAAGGCUGACCUCCUCAAACAAGCUGAGGAAGGGUGGUGUGAUAGCAAGGGAACAUUAGAUGAUGUUAAAAGCAAGUUAAACAUGAGGCAAGAAGGAGCUUUUAAGAGGGAGAGAGCCAUUGCAUACUCUCUAGCUCAAAAGCAAUGGAGAUCGAUCCAAGAUUCGAAUUCUCGAACAACUUGCUCUGGUUAUUCUUUAAGGAAUCAAGAGUUUGACAAGAGUAGCUGGGGAUGGAGUUGGUUAGAGCGAUGGAUGGCAGCGAAGCCAUGGGAGACAAGACUAAUGGAACAAUCCCAAGCUAUUGACCCUUCAGAGAUCACUCCUCCUACAAAGAAUUCUUCAGAUUCCUUAGUAGGCAAACGCUCAAAAUCUUCAGAACCAUCUUCGGUUAAAGUUAGAAGGAACAAUGUGACCACAAGGAUUUCAGCUAAACCUCCUCAUCUUCAAAUGGGGCAAGCCACUCGCUCAUCUUCAAGUCCUAGUUCUGAAUUUCGGUAUGAUGAGACUUCAGCCUCGUCUUCAUUAUGCACGUCUACAACUCCGAUUUCAGGGAACACCAUGUUGGCUUCGGAUAGAACAGAUGACAGCUCUUGCAGCCGGCCGAGUUACAUGAGCCUGACCGAGUCUACCAAGGCCAAACAAAGGCUGUAUAACCAGCAGCAGCAGCAGCAGCAGCAGCCAUCGCAUAGAAUCAGGCAGUCCAUGGAUGAGUUUCAGUUCCUCAAGAAAUCUGGUGUUUUCUGUAAUGGUGAUUCUAAAAGCAUUGCUGGUUCAGACCAUUCUUCUUUGCUCCACAACACAAAGCCACUCCAUUUAUCAACUCAGUUGGACAGGAACACCAUGAAACUAAGGUGAAAGAAAGAUCACACCAACAAACACCUUAGUUUUGAGAAAGAUCAACAGCUUGUUGUUUCUUUUACCCUUUCAGUUUCGAUUGUGUGUAUUUAAGUUUUUUGUGGAAGUUGUGCCUCUGCCUCCUCCCCAAAAAACGAAUGAGAUUCCCUUAGAUUUGCUUUUAUUAUAGUUUGUACAAUAGUUCAUUUAUGAUUAAAUAUUGUCUCCA